ACUUAUAUUAUUUAUUUCUAUAUUUUAUAAAAUACAAAUACAUUUUUUUAUUUUUAAAAUUAAAAUAUAAAUUUCGAUGAUAUUUUAUUUUAUUUUUUCAGAAUAUAAAGUAUUUAGUGAUUUCUUACUUGAAAAUAAAUAAAAAAUAUUUUAAUUAAGGCUAAAUAAUUAAAAAAUACAAAGUGUACAAGAUAUUUAUGUUUAGUUGCAAAAUUUGAACUAAUUUAUAAUAAUAACUGAACUAUAUUAUUAAAUGAAACAUAAUAAAAUACAUAUAUAUAUAUAUAUACAUAUUAAAUAUUUGGUGUGAUGAAUAGUGUUGGUGUAACACUAUUCACUCUACACCAAAUUUGAUAGAUUGUGUAAUUUUUUAGUGUUCCAUUAGAAAUGAAAUUACACCAAAUUUGGUGUCUUGGUGUCAUAUUGGAAUUGGCCUUAGUGAAAACAAAACAUAAGAAUUUUUUUAGCCCAUCAACAAUGAGAACAGUUUAAAACAAAAUAGUCUAUGUGUUGAUAUUAUUAGAGAAAACAAGUGGAUUCAAUCGAGUUGAAAUUCUUUUGAUGGGUAUUUUUUACCAUGUGGAAAAAUUUGAUUGGCGAAAAUGUUGGACCCGUGUCUACACGCAAAAACUAUAUCUGGAUAUGAUGCAUAUAAUUCAUUUUCAACGGUUGUCCAGUUUUUUAUGAUUUUUAUCUCCACCAAACAAUUUGAAUUCAUUUAUUUUAUAAUACAAAUUAAAAAUAAAAUAAAAAUUAUAUCAAAAUUCAUGAUUUGAUGAUCUUCGAAUAGAGACUAGUCUCAUUUCAUUUGGAUGUAAUAAAAACAUCAUUUUUACUAUAAAUUUUAUUAGCUUUUAAACAACUGUUUAGUGUUUUAGAUCUAAAUUACAUGAUUCAAACAUUAGAAAGUUUUGGGGCUUAACAUAAUUUAUUAUAUAUUGUUGCAUUAGUUUAUAAAUGAUGUCAAAAAAUUUACAUCACUUAAUAAAUGAUUCUGAAAGUAGUGAUGUAAAUUAUUUGUAUCAUUUUAUUUAUAAUCGAUGUAAAAAUAUUAAAUAUUUUCAUCAGUUAUGAUAACUGAUAUAACUAUAUAUUAGUUGUAAGAAAUGAUACUAACAUUUACAUCAAGGUUUUUAACUGAUGCUAAUAUUAACAUCAAUUAAAAAAAUUCAUUUCAAUAAUUUAGAUUAUGUAUUAUUAAUUAAUAUUAAAAUUUAAAAGGAUUUUACUAGUUAUAUUAUAUAUAGUUAUUGAUUUAAAAAUAUUAGAUAAAUUUGUACGAAUGGAAUAAUAAAAUUAAGUAUUUUUUAUUAACAUUUUGUUUUUAUUUCCACUGAAAACAUAAUCCAACGUAGAAGAAAGAAGAAAACAAAAUACAGAUAAAAGCUUCCAAAAGUAUUCAUCUUUUUUUUUUUAGUUCUAUGUCUAUUUACUUCAGUUGAUUCAUCGUAAAAUUCUUCACUAGUUGAUAUUCUGAGACUUCUACUCUUUUUCCAAAUUUGGAAUCAAUCUCAUCUUCUUAUAUACUCUUUUCGUUUCUAAAAGUAAGAUUUUUUAGAUUUUCUUCUUGUUUCACAAAGAUAGAUUUUCUAUAUUUUUAAAGUACUUUUUAUACUUUUGAAAAACAUUAAUUACAAAUAUUUGAAUUGAUUAGAUUUAAUUGGUAGAAAGUAAUUGGAAAGUGUAUAAAAAAUAAAAAAUAAAUUAAAUUGUAAACAUUUAUUAUAUUGUUAAAAUCUCUAUAAAAUCUUACUUUCGGGAACGGAGAUAUUACCUUCAAAGCUCUUGAGCUUAGCAGCCCCUUUUCCCAAAUAUACUGAGCUUAAUUAAUUUGGUUGCUUAACAAUUUGGUUGUGAAAGCACCGUAGCCUAUUGGUUAAAGUUUAAAGGCUUCUAUACCCAGGUCUGGGGUUCGAAUCCCAGACUAUGCAAUUUAUUGCAGAUUACAGGAAAUCCAGGUUUCAAGUUUCGGAGGGAACGGUUUAUUAAACAAUUAUGCAAACUACAGAAGAAAGACUUACAAGAGAUCUUCAACAUGGUGCAAGUAAAAUCUGGCCAGACGUGGAUUUUCAUAGGACAGCUAAGGUGAUGCAGUUAGGUAUAGGUCUUCAUAAGACAUGUAGUAUUGUCGGUUGUUGAUCGUCUAUGUAAUCUUUCUCAUAUCAUAAUUGUAAGAUCAUAAUAAGUCAGCGUUAAAAAAAAAACAAUUUGGUUAAAUACUUGCUACUUUGUUUCAGAAUUAGUAAGUCUUCUGAGCCAUACUAAUUAACUUUCCAUAAACUUAUAAAGAGUUUUUGGGUUAGUAUUUUUCAUGAUUUGUUUCUUUUGAUUAUUUUAUUUCUGUUUUAUAUUUUAGGUUUUGCUCAUUUUUUUUUAGUUUUAGUGUACCUAAAUUGGUUUUGAUUAUUUUACAGAUUUCUAAAUUUUUAGUUUGGAUUAAAUUAAUUUAUUGAAAAAAUAUUCAACAUACUAAAUGUUGAAUAGUUUAUUAGUUUAGUAACGUGUGGUUUCCGAAUAAAUAAAAUUAUAUCUAUUUUUUAGAAUACUAAUAAUACUCAUAUAUAGUGUAUACAACUAUUCACAUUCUAAAGCUAAAAAAAACUAAUCACAUUUAUUUAUCAAUAUUAUGAGUUGUAUAAACUUUAUCAUAACUAUUUCAGAUUUUGUAUAAUAUUCCAUGUGAUAAAUAUUUUUUUUUGUUAGUUUUGCCUUAGACCCCUUGAUAGCUGAGCACGGCACUGCAUAAAUACAAAGUCUUAAACACUUGUAAUAUUCUUUUUUUUUUUAACUAGGAGAAGAGGAUGGUAUAAAAUUAGUUGUUUUUUGGACUGAAAAGAUUAGUUGUUUUAAUGAAUUAAAAUUAAUGAAAUCAUGGCCAACAACUGUGGAAUUGGAUUCUCCAAUAACCAAUGUUCAAGUUCCAAGGAAUCAAAUUUCAAGUUAUAAAACCUAGAAAGUAAAAUGUACUUUUAAUUAUACUAGUAAUUAGAUUCAAAAGCAUCAAAUUGAGUAACGUAACGUUCAAAAUUUGUUUUGAGUAAUGAUGUAAAUUACUGUUAAUUAUUAUCUGCACUAAUCACUAUCAGUUUAAUACUAUUCUCUUUCUCGUGUACUUCAUAAAUCUCAAGUGUUUGAUUAAAAAAAAAAUUCUCAACUGUAUCUAUGGUUCUGGAUAGAUCAUGUUAAUGCAAUGCUUAAAAAGCGAAUUAAAAAACUUGAUAAAUUUUAUUUGUUUAUAAAACCUGUAAAUACGGUGAACAUUUUGAAGCCCGAUAUUAGGCCUACCCGAUAUAUAUACUUUGGUAGGUUUAACACAUAUCUAAUCCACAUAUAUUAUAGGUUUCUUAAAUAUAAAGGUUAAAGCAACUAUUUAUUUUCUAGGAAAAACAAACACUUUUCCUAUAAAAGGAUCAGAACACUGACGGCUGAUGAUUGACACUUGGCAAGUAGCCCUUUUAAUAUAACCUUUAAUUAGAAAAUAAAUAUAAAGAAGAAAAUAAAAACAUUUGAAGAUGUGUGUUGUAGAAUCGAGAUCUGAUUGGUCGAGACAAAAAUAAGUGAUGCCCACGUUGGUCACUGGCUCUUCACCAUAUUGUCCCCUUUUGGGUCUAACCAAAAACUCUUCAAAAGCUUUGACAAAGUGAAUCUAGUGAUACUUACUUUUCUAAAGUAAAAGCCUGAAGAUAAUUAAAAGCUAGACUCAUCAUAUAUUGGAAAACUAUACUUUCUAUUUUAAAAUAGUUGUUACAUAUCUGAAAUCUGAUGCUAUAUGUAGUUUAGAGACUGAACUAUCUGCAGAAAAGUAAAAAAAAAAUGAUAUAUUUUAUUCUUCACAGAUAAUGAAUAAUCGUAUAUUUAAUAAAGUUAUGAUCCAAAACACAAAAUUGAAUAACUAUUUUUUCUUAUAGAUAAACAAUGAAAUAUAUACAUAUAUAUAUAGAUCUUUAAUAUUCCUUACUGAUUGAAACAUACAAAAAAAAAUUGGUCACAAAGGAUUCUAUAAAAACUAAAAAGAAAACUUUUAUAACUGAAUUUAAGUAGAGGAAAGAAAUAUGAACCUACAUUUUAUGGUAGGUUUGGGGCAUGUUACUCAUGGAAAUAAGAAUCAUUGGUACGAUCUAAGAGCUGUAACAUAUUAUUAGUAAAUUCAGGAUUAUCCUUACGUAGAAAUGAUGAAUUUUUUGAAAUAGCUAAUCAAUCGUGUGACGUAUAAUGACAAUGUCGAGAGAUUCUCAUAGUCAUAAAUUUGCAAAUAGCUAAGUUGUGUUUGCAAUUGAAUGUUGGUAAUGGAGAUAGUUCAAGGUCCAUAGAAAUGGCAAACGCGUGUACUUUGAAACCAUGUCUCCACAUCCAUCAAUAAUCCAAGUUAGUAUUUUUCUCCCUUCAAUCUAAGUGUAGUCCUUUACAAACAAUUAGUUGUAAGACUAAUUAUAUAUAAUCUCUGUAAUUUAUAUAGCAAAAGAUUUGUAUUAAAGAAUUGGAUCAGGUGUAAGGAAUCUGUGCUGAGGAACGUGCGAAAGCAUCUCUGAAUUGGCAAUCUCAGGUGCUGUUUCUGCUAUCCCUACGUCUACGAGUGUUACACAUUUGUAUACACCCUCUUUAUCAUAUUUACUUGCACAAGUGGCUAUUAUUUUAGUUGUUACUUCCUCCUUUUACAAAUAGUGUCAUUUUGAUAUUUUUCCUGUUAAACAAAGAAUAUCAUUUUACAAUCAAAUGUAUUUUAUACUUAUUUUAAGCUUAGUAUUAAUUACAAAAUAAACUAUUCUUAUAAAUAGUUCCAUUUAGUUUUAAAUAUUACUUCUUUUUUUUUGAUGAAAGUUUUAAAUAUUACUUAUUAAAUAAAUGUAAUUGUUGACAAAAAAAUAAGUGUAAUUAAUAAGAACAUAAAUGGAUUUUAAUCAUUUUUAAUGUGUGAAAAUGUCAGUGUGAAAUUUUUAUGAAACAGAUAAAGUAAUGUUUGUUGAAACUCCAGGGUAGUUGUUAUAAAAUGAAAUGAAAUAUAAAUUCAUAUAAAUUAUUUUUUAAAACAUGUAAGAUAUUCUUUGGUUUAUAUGUUAUUAAUUACAUACGGAUAAUGGUAACUUAGCUGAAAAGCUGAGUUGUAAGACAUCUAUAUAUAUAUAUAUAUAACCAGAUAUGUACCAUAUAUCAUUUGGUUAAGUUUGAUAUGAUUUGGGCUUCACUUCAUACUUAGGUUUAUUCAAAUAUACUUUUAAUUCCAAAAAGUUUAUAAAACCCCUUUCUGAAUUAUGUUCGGUGUGAUUGGAUAUAAAUAAAGACGUUUAAUUGGUUUAUCUGAGUUCCAGAUUGGUUCUUAGAAGAGUUUUAGAUAUUCCUAGUGGAGAUACGACAUAAGUAGUGCCCAUUAAAUAUAUCUAAAUGAAAACAGCUUAAAUUCAUUUGAGCUGUAAGUACUUUCUGAGGUAUUUCUCAUGUCUGUUCUAUCAUCUAUGGGUCUUAACUUGGUACUUUACUAAAUAGCCCUCGGGUUGUAUCUACCAAUACGACUCAAAAUAGACUAAUACCUAUUUGUUUAUUCCUCGAAGAGAUUAUUGACCCUUACUUCCUUUUUUUUCUUUUCUCUCUCUUCUCUUUCUCCUGAUUCCUUCUUCUUCAUCGACCUUUUGUGUUGCAAAGAUCUAGAAAAACCCUAGAACGGGGAAGAUCACCAAGGUCGAGAGGAAGACCGAAAAAGGGUUAACUUAAAUUGAUGGGGAGAGGGAAGAUUGUGAUCAAAAGGAUCGAUGAUUCGACCAGUAGGCAAGUCACUUUCUCCAAAAGAAGAAAGGGUCUCAUAAAGAAAGCUAAAGAACUCGCCAUUCUCUGCGAUGCCGAGGUUGGUCUCAUCAUUUUCUCCAAUACGGACAAGCUCUAUGACUUUUCCAGCUCCAGUAUGAAAUCGGCUAUUGAACGAUUUAACAAGACCAAGAUGGAGCAGCAACAACUAUUGAACCCUGCAUCAGAAGUUAUGUUUUGGCAGAGAGAGGCCGCAACUCUAAGGCAAGAACUGCACUCGUUACAGGAAUAUCAUCGACAGCUAAUGGGGGAGCAGUUAAAUGGUUUGAGCGUUAAUGAAUUGCACAAUAUAGAGAGCACACUUGAAAUGAGUUUACGUGGAAUUCGUAUGAAAAAGGAACAAAUGUUGACAGAUGAAAUCAAAGAACUAACCAAAAAGAGGAAUCUAAUUCACCAUGAGAACCUCGAAUUGUCAAGAAAAGUACAAAGGAUUCAUCAAGAAAACGUCGAACUACACAAGAAAGCUUAUGCAACGUCAAACACAAAUGUAUUGGGACUUGGUGAGCUUGAAGAUGCAGCCGAUGAAUCACAUGCACAAGUUAGGCUGCAGCUAAGUCAGCCUGAACAGUCCUGUUAUGAUUCCCCACCAAAGAGCUAAGAUCAUAAUCAAAAGAUACUUGGCAAAGUGCAAGUAUGAUCAGAGAACAAACCGAAGGUUCAACUAUGUACAAUAUAAAUAUGAUCAAGCAAUGAAGCUGCAUGUCGUUUAUAUUUGUUCUAGCUUUCUCAUUUGGUUUUAAGUAUAUACUUAACCAAUAUUAAGGAAACGCAUAUAGUUUAUAGUUAAGUAGGGUGUUCAAAUUGAAAUUCGGGUUGAUUGCAGUUUGUUUCUCGGUUUUCCGUGAAUAGUAAUUAAAAUAUGAGAGUGUUAUUCUGGUUCAUACUUUGGUCGACUUUAUUUUACCUUUUGGUUUAGAGUGGUGAUGAUGACGGAGAAGCCUUUGUUAUUAGGAGAAAAAAUAUUUUGGUUUUUCUUAGUUUUUUUGGAAAACUAAGAAAUAUUUAUAUAUAUAUAUAUAUAUGAAUUCAACAUUUUUGAAAAAUGAAGAUGAAUUCAACAUUUUCAUUCAUUCAUGUCAUCCUUUUUAGAACCUAAGCUUUAAAAGAUAUAAAUAUGAUUUUUUUUUAUAUAUAAUUUACAAGUUAACAAUUUAGAAAAUAUCCUAAAAUAGCAUUAAAAUAUGCUCAUGUUUCAAAAUAUCAGAUAAGGAAAAAAAAUCAUAAAAUAGUCAUUAUUAAAA